GGGAAUCAACGUGGUGCAUCCUUGCAGCUCAACGUGCACUGGUUGUAAAUGGUAAAACAUCCGAAAGAGAGUGAAAAACAUACAAAACGAGGGUCAGCGAUGGGGGAGUUUAAAGUACACCGAGUUCGGUUCUUUGAAUACAUGCCAUCAGGAAUCAGAGCUUUGGCUUUCAACCAGCAAAAUGAAAGGAUGGCAGCUGCGAAGAUGGAUGGGUCAGUGGAGAUUUUCCACUGUUCGGACAGAUUUUUCCAAGAAAAGAUCAUCCCUGGCAGACAGCAGGCUGGGAUUGAAGGCCUGUCCUGGGUUGGGGAGCGUCUGUUUAGUGCAGGACUGAAUGGUGUGAUAACAGAGUAUGAUCUUACAAACCAGAGGGUGAAAUACACCAUAGAUGCGUAUGGAGGGCCAAUCUGGGCCAUAACAGGCAAUCAGCAAGGAACACACUUGGCGGUUGGUUGUGAAGAUGGAACUGUGAAACUGUUUGAGGUGAAUGAAGACAAAAUACAGUUUGAGAGAAAUCUGGACAGACAGAAAGGCCGGAUUAUAUCUCUGUCCUGGCACCCUUCAGGGUCCAAAAUAGCUGCGGGAAUGAUGGAUAUGAUCCAGGUUUUCAAUGUGGAGACAGGCCACUCCAUACAUCGGAUAUUGGUGGACAGAGGGUUUGGGACGUCCCGUGGUAAGGAGUGUGUGGUGUGGAGUGUAGUCUACCUUUCAGAUGGGACCAUCAUCAGCGGGGACUCUGUGGGAAUGGUGAAACUGUGGCGGGAUGACACUGGUACACUGAUCAAAAGCCACAAUAUUACAAAAUCUGAUGUGCUUUCAUUAUCAGUGUCUCAGAAUGAGGACAGUAUCGUGGCUGGGACAUCAGAAGGAUUUGUGGUGCAGUUCCAGUUUCUCUCUAUGGUUUUGGAAAAUAAUGACAAAGAUUGGGUCAGAACCAGAACAUUCAGGAACCACACACAUGAUGUUCGAGCUGUGGCUGAGAUCACAACAGCUGUGGCUUCAGGAGGUAUGGACACACAGUUGGUUGUGAGACCGUUUUUAGACAAGCAUGAAGUGAAGUCAUCAGCCUCUAAGCUGCGGAAGAUUCAGUUUCCACAUAGGAGUUUGGUGUCCUGUGCAAGAAAGGCAGGCACGCUACUGUUUCAGUACCCUGGUCAUCUGGAGCUCUGGAGGCUAGGAGAGAGCGAAGGAGAAGGCAUACCAGGAAGCAGUUUACUUCUAAAAAGAAAGCCAGAGAAACUGCUUCAUUUGAAAGUGAAGGGUGAAGAUCACAUCCGCUGCAGUGCUGUGUCUUCCUGUGGAGAAUGGAUCGCGUACUCGACCACCAGCAGUUUACGCCUCUACAAGCUACACUGCGACAGUAACAACGUCAGCAUCACCAAGAUAUCCAAACUGCCAAAGGUACUGGGCUCAGCCAGUCAGCUUUGCUUCUCUUCAGACUCCUCCCAUUUGUUUUCUGCCUCCACACAAUCAUCAGUCCACAUGGUCUCUCUUAGCCAAUCAGAGUGCAAGUUUGUUGCCACCUUUAAAACCAAGUCAGGUUCCCAUCAGGCCAUCCACUUACUUACAGCAAGCGAGGAUGGCAAAUGGUUGGCAUCUGCAAACAUUGACAAUGAGGUUCACAUCUACAACCUGCAGACACGAAAGGCUCAUUGCACAGUUCCUAUAUACAGUUCAGCUGUCAGCGCCAUGGCCAUCCAUCCAACAACAAACUGUCUGUUCAUGGUUCAUGCAGAUCAACAGAUAUUUGAGUUUUCCAUCGAGCAGAAAGAAUACACUGAUUGGAGCAGAUUGGUGCAGAGGCAAGGCCUUCAUAAGAUUUGGCUGGAAAGAGACACACCUUGUCUUAAUGUGACGUUUAAUCAGAAAAAUCCUUCUCACGUCAUCCUGCAUGAUAUGUACAUGUUCUGCAUCAUUGACCAAAGCCAGCCACUGCCUGAUAGUAAAAGUCAGUUCUUGAAUCAGCUUACUCUGAGGAGCCUCCCUGAGGAACAGAGGAAAUCUUACAGCCAUGCUUUUAAAGUGUGCAAGACAUUCAAGGAGCUCCUGUGUGUUGAUGUGAUGUGCGAUCAAUCUCUGGUGGUUGUUGAACGGCCUCUGGAGGACAUCACUGCUCAGUUGCCUGCACCCAUCAAACAAAAGAAAUUUGCCACAUAAGAUCAAUUUCUCCAUUUGUAUGUGUGUGUGUGACCUCAAUGAGGAAGUGUUUUUAAGAGACUGCAAAUUGAUCCCUGUUUUCCCCAUUGCAAAACUGCUAAGACGGUAUUAAAGAGAACUAUUUACAUUA